AUGGUGACCAAAAAGUUUUCCGGCCGACCAUCCACCCAAGCCUCGGCGGCAUCGCCCGCUGUUGCAUCUUCUGUGCAGUCGUCGAACAAUUCUGCCAUUCUGCGCUCUGCUUUCGCGCCGUCGUCUUUCCAGCUGGCUCUCUUUGCCUCUGUUAUCCAGGGCUUAGACUCACAGCAUCUUCGCAUUCAUGACACCUUGACUGGUCGUCUGCGCUGCGAACAUGUACUUCCUUCCAACACCACGGUAAAUUCUCUGGACUGGGGCUUCCUUGGCGGCAAUGAUGCCGACAAUCAAACUCCUAAGAAGAAGAGAAAGCGGGAAACAAUGGCCAAUGGCGCUGUCACUGGUGACGCAGCGGGCGUUGUCGUUGCAUUUGGUACUAGCGACUCAAACAUCUGCUUCUUUUCUGCUGCAGAGGGAAAGAUUAUCGGGAAACUUCCUGUUGUCCACUCACAGGGUAUCCGAGACUUCAAAUUCACGAAUAGACGAGAGGCCGCGGAAGCUUGGAGCUUAGGUGGAGAAGGAAAGCUCGUGCAAUGGGAUCUUCGCAAGAGACAGGCUCUCAACACCUUUACCCUCCCGACGAAUGCAGCAAUUACCCUUGCUCGACCUGUUCCGACAAAUCCUUCAGUCAUCUGUGCUUCGCACACGGCCUACGUGAUCAACCCGGAUACCGUAGGAACCGAAGAACAGCCUACCUUUACUGGAUCUACGAACCCUAUCCAUUCAUUAAUUACAUCGCUUCCCUCAGCUUCACAUCUACCAAAAGCAUUUUUGGCGGCAGCAGAAUCUGAUCGAUUCAUGAAUGUUUUCGACAGAGAAUCGCAGAAGCUUGUGGGAUCGUUAGUAUCAGAUAGUGACGUACAGACUGUGGCUCUCUUCUCUGAGGAGGCGGACGACAACGAUGAAGAUACGUCUGGGAAAUCAAACGAGCAGGUUCUCGCCGCGGUGACCAGAGAUGGUCUUGUGGAAAUCUUCCCCCAACCGUUUGAUAAUUUCCAAAACUCCCAAUCAACCAGUCUUAAAUCGAAGCGACGACAAAUGACCAGAAAGGCGGAGGCUUCCCUGAAAAUCACAAGGCCGGACAAAUCAGCUACGCCUGUCCCAGCUGUGAAUGCCUCCUUUGAGGCAAAUAGUUUGGUCGUUGCUUGGGUUGACGGCAGCAUCAAUCUUGUCUUUGAGCGUAUUCCCUGGCGGGAUGAAAAUUCCGGUGCUCUUCUUCUCAAGGGCCAGAAGGAGAUCAUCAGGGGGAAGAGCACCACGGUUGGUGCUACCGUCAUGAAUGGCGCCAAGGAUAUGGGAAAAAGUAAAGUCGACGAGUCGCGAACCGUUGUUGUCGAAAGAGGUCACGGUGCAGAGGAUGAACAGAAAGAACUCGCAGAGCUCUCUAGCGGCGAGGAUGAGGAGAGCGAGGCUGAAAGUGCUGGUGCAAGCGAAACUGCACAAGCCGACGUUGAAAUGAAGGAUGGUGACUCCGACGAAGAAGAGGAAGGAGAUGAGGCCGCGGAACCGUCAUUUGGAGAUUUGAUUCGCGCGAGCGGAUCCGACAUGGUUGACGUAGAGCACGCUCUGGAUGAUGGGAAGGUCACAUCCCGCUCUUUGGUUCCAUCUCAAAGGAAAUUGCAACCUCCGUCUGGUACCUCCUUGGGGACCAUUUUGACGCAGUCUCUCAAGACCAACGACGUUGCGCUCCUCGAAUCAUGCUUCCACACCACAGAGUUCAAUACCAUUCGCUCCACGAUUGAGAGAUUGGACUCAGCCCUCGCUGCAUCGCUCCUCCAAAAGCUUGCUGAGCGCUUGCAUAAUCGGCCUGGUCGGGCUGGAAGUCUUAUGGUCUGGGUUCAGUGGACCCUGAUCUCUCAUGGUGGUUAUCUUGCCGGCCAGCCGGAGCUGAUGAAGAAGCUUGGCGCUCUUAACCGGGUCAUCAAAGAGCGUGCGAGCGGUCUCCAGCCCCUCCUUACACUCAAGGGGAAAUUGGACAUGCUUGAAGCGCAAAUGCAGCUUCGGAAGAGCAUGCAAGCGUCUAUUCGACCUGCCGAGGCCGAAGAUGAAGACGAAGAGGAGAAUGUCAUAUAUGUCGAAGGCGAAGAAGAUGAGGAUAGCGAAGGCGGCGCUGAUGAGGCUGACGACAUGGACGAGGAUUUCAGCGGCAGCGAGGACAAUGAUGAGGAUAUGCCAACCACCGUCAAUGGCGUCGACGAAGACGAUGAGAGCGGAGAUGAUGAAGAGGACGAGGGCUUUAUCGACGAUGAGGCCGAGGAAACAGAUGCUGAUACGGGCGAGGAGCUCUCCGAGGAUGAAGUUGAUCAUGAUGAUGUUGAUUCGGACGAGGAGGAGAGCGACGUUGGCGCUCCUACUCCCAAGCGUCCUGCUGGCGCGUCCCGUAGAAGAUGA